CUCUCCGGGUGGAAAGUGCAAAACAUGUGGGAGAGCCUCAUGUCAACGACAGCAACAUAGAACAAAUUUCAUCGGUAUUACCUGACAAAUAAAUCCUUGAUUGUCUGCUCCGUCAGCAUGAGUUUGUUACCUCGCACCGCUGAGGAGUUCAGCUCAGCGGAUUACUGGGAGCGCUUUUUCCGUAAGAGAGGAGAGAAGGCGUUUGAGUGGUACGGAGACUACAACUCACUCUGCGGGGUUCUGCAUAAAUACAUCAAACCACGAGAUAAGGUAUUGGUGGUGGGCUGUGGUAACUCUGAACUCAGUGAACAGCUCUAUGAUGUUGGCUACCGUCAGCUGACCAACAUUGACAUCAGCGAGACGGUGGUCUCCCAUAUGAACCAGAGGAAUGCAGAGCGCCGUCCAGACCUCUCCUUCCAGCAGCUGGAUGCCACCCAGACCGGCUUCGAGAGCGGGAGCUUUCAGGUGACUCUGGAUAAAGGCACUCUGGACGCCAUGGCUUCAGAAGAGGAUGGUGCUCUUGCAGGCCGGAUGCUGGCAGAGGUUGGCAGAGUUUUGGCUGUGGGCGGGAGGUAUGUCUGCAUAACGUUAGCCCAGGAGCAUGUCAUAAAGUUAGCAGUGGAGCAUUUUGUUAAGGGAUGGGCAGUGAGAGUACAUUGUCUAACCGGACAACAGAACGAAGAGUCCGAUUCCUCCUUUGCACUCCCCGUUUUUGUGUUGGUUUGCACUAAGUUUCGACAAGCCCCUCCAUUUGCUGUUCUUGAGCUGUGCCAGGGGGAGGAUGGCGCUCCGGCUAGACUGGCAUCAGUAGAGGAGCUGCUGUCUGCAGUCAAGGAGAGGCAGGCUUAUAAUCUAAUGCUGCAUAAACUCAGAGGAGGAACAGACUCAAGCAGCACACCCUCACUCACGCUGUGCCACGCAGCCAGCGGACGCCCACGGUACACUCUGACCAUACAGGACGGCCCACCUUCUGCUAAGACCCCGCGGAGCAAUCACUUCGCCAUCUUUAUUGUUCCUCAGGGUCGUGAGUCUGAUUGGUUAUAUGGUUCAGCUGAAGGUCGAGCUCAGUUAGCGUCCAGUGCAAAAUUCAGACGUCUUGUCAUUGUGGCAAUGCAUCGAGACCAAGAAUAUGAAGACAUGCAGGCUGUCCAAUCAGAGCUCUCGCCAGUGGUCAUGGAACUCGCCCCUCCUGGAAUGCCAGCCAAUCAGCAGGUGCCGUUUCUGUCAGUGGGAGGAGAUCUAGGCUGGAGGGAAGUGAUUGGACGAGGGCUCAGUGCUUUGACUGGAGAGUAUUCAGUGGAGGAUGUGAGAGGAGAGGACGGUUACCUCUAUCGCAGGCUUAUCUUUAUGAAUAAUUCUCAGCUGGUGCAGUCAGAGAGCAGACUCCAAUCUGCUGCUGCAGCUUCUUCUGCUUCUAAAAAGAAGAACAAGAAAAAAGCCAAACAGCCUGCUUCAACUGGUGCUAAAGAUCGCAGUGUGGACAGAGGGUUUCUCUGCUGUACGCAUCAUGAGGUCAUGGUGGCGGGUUUAGCAAUGCUAGGAAUGGAUGCAAUCAAUAAUAAAGAUCAGCCAGUGUCUGUGUUGCUGGUGGGUCUAGGUGGUGGCGGCCUGCCUCAGUUUGUGCGGGACUUUGUGCCAUGUGCUCGGGUGGAGGUGGUUGAACUGGAUCCGGUGGUGCUGGAUGUCGCUCAGACCUGGUUUGGAUUUCAGAUUGACGACAGGCUAAAAGUUACACUGGGAGACGGACUGGAGCACAUCACAACCCUGGAGAGUGAAGGGGAGCGCUAUUUUGAUGUCAUCAUGUUUGACGUUGACAGCAAAGACACCACCCUGGGCAUGAGCUGCCCUCCACCUGCCUUUGUAGAAACAUCUCUUCUGAAGAAAGUUUACAGCUUGUUAAGCCCCAGAGGUCUGUUCAUGUUGAACCUGGUGUGUCGCGACUCAGCUCUUAGGAAAUCAGUUCUUGACCGUGUUCAUUCUGUGUUCCCAUGUGUGUUUUCUCGUGGAAUCGAGGGUGAAGUCAAUGAGGUGCUGCUGUGUUGCAGAAGCUCAGGAGAACACAAACCUCACACCGUCCCACAGACAUUACAGCAAACAGCAAAAGACCUGCAGAAGACACUACGAGCAAACAGCCAGACUGCACCUCAGAUAGACAUUACUGCAAUGCUGAAUGACCUGAAAGUGGUCUGAAGAGGGAAUCUUAACAAAAUACAAAACCAAUACAAUGAAUAAAUGAUUUCACUUUAAAAAAAUGGCAUCACUUUCAAGGUUAAAAGUCUCGGAAAGUGGUUUGAAAUGUUCAUUUUUAUUCAAUGUCUGACAUAAUUUUAAUUGAAACAUAAAGAUAGGGUGGGACAGAUGAGCUCCACCCCUUUUAAAAAACACCCAAUAUAGUUUAAUUUUUUAUCACAGCUCUACCAGUGAGAGUGCUUGAGAUUAAGUGUGUCUUGAAGGGGGUGGGGCAUGUCAGUUACUAGAGAGCAUUUGAUUGGUCAGAAGAUUUGAUGAGAAACGUAAUGUGGUGAUGUCAAAAUAAUCUUGACACACUGAAAACUUUGGAUGUUUAUAUCUUCUAAAUGCGAAUUUUGUAACUGUUUUGAAGCACACUAGCUUAUAGAUAUCCUCA